GCGUGGCGGCCGGCGCCGUUCCCAUGGCGACGCGGGCCGUACCUGCGCCGGCCCGGGAUGGAGGCGGCGGGGGAGCCCCACGGGCGGCCCGCGGUGGAGGAGGACCUGCGGAGGCUGCGGAGCCUGCUGGAGGCCCGGCAGCGGCACCUGCGGGCCCGCAUCGCCGCCUGCGAGCAGCUGACGGCGGAGAUGGCCGCCCUCCAGGCCGCCCUGGGCGCUGACGGCCGCCCGCCCUGCGUAAGUGCCGGCCCGGCCCCGGCCCGGCGAGGGGAGGCGAGCUCGGCCCCGCGCCCGCCCGUCCCUCCCUGCUCUCCGACUUGCCCGGCGCCGGGCCUGGCCGCGGGGAGCCCCGUGCCUGGCGGCGGGGGGGCCGCGAAGCCCUGAGGAGCCUCGGCGAGGGACCGCGGCGGGUCUGCCCGGGAACGGCUGGAGGAGUUCGUCUCCGCGGGGGCCGCGGUCCGAGCCGGCAGCGCCAGCAGGGACCGAAGGUUUUCGCUCGGUUACGGGCUCCGUCGUACCGGUCAGCGCCGGAGAAAACUGAAGACCGAUAAGCCCAUGAACGUAGCUGGUUGCCUCAGUUGCGGCCUCGGACUUUGCUUUCUCUCGUUGCACCGAUGCCUUAUCUGACUGAAUUUGCACUUUUAAAAUAAAGCAAGACGGGCUUAGUCUGUAUCUCACCCACUCUGCCUGCAUAGAGACCAGUGGCUUCUUGCUAAAGGAGGAACGGCCUUCAAACAGCUCAUGCCGGUUUGUCUCAAGUGUUGGCUCCUUCCUUGCCAGUUAAGGGGAGCAGGACUAGCUAAUGACUGACUUGAUUUUAGAGGGGCUAGGGAAGCAUGAAAGCUGUGCAUUGUUCUGUGCACCAUCUCUAAUAACUACAAUCCUGCAGUCACAGACACAUGAAAAAGCUACAGCUGGCCAGGUCUGGAGAUGGGGAGGUAGGGUUUUUUUAGCCACAUGGAAAUGUUUUGCCACACUGAAAGCUUGAUUUAUUCAGAGUGGAGAGUCAGUCUGUUUUCCUCAUCGGCACUAGGUUCCCCCAAAGUCCUCAUUCUCUUCAUUGGAAAGUACUUAAGAGCUAAAACUUUCAAAGCAGGGAUGCUAAAACUACCAUCUUUACCACCAGAAAUUUUGCCUUUCUUGCUUCCUUACAGUGCCUUGCUGGUGCUCGACAUUGUGGUACCUGCACUGAACACAGCUGGUGUUUGCAUGAAAGGGACUAUGCAAGCAUUUCCCAUUUUCACAAAUGAAGAACAAUUUGUCAAGUCACAGCAUCUGCUCUAACUCUUAGCCAUAGCUGAGUGAACUUAGGGAUAUGAGGUUUAUGAAGGUCACCCUUGGUGGGGGAGGGAGGAGUGUGCUAAGGCAAAUGCUGUUGUCUGUCAGGAUUUAGAAAUGCCUUCAUGCCCUGACCUGUCUGAAGGGGACAGGGGACGGAUGCUCACACAUCUCCCAAAUAAUUUAUAAAUCCUCUUAGGAAAGACUAUUGUAAGACAACAUUUAAAUAAGCAUUUAAUUAGGAUUCCAUUAGUAUUAAUAUUGCUUUCAAUUCCAAAAAAGUUAAUUUCCACUUCUUUGCAGAUAUUUCAAAGUACAAUAUUAACUUCAUACAAAAUGAGCAAUUAAGCAAACACCAUUAUUUCACAUUUUACAUUCUUCAAAAAAUACAAAUUCAUAUUUACUCUUUUUUGGGUUUUGGAGAUGCUCUUCCUUUGGAAGUACUGUACCUGUAACUAACAUCUUCACAUUGCUCAAUGUAAGCACAUUUGUUCCCAUGUUUCAUAGUUAAAUAAAUUCCUUUAAUACCAUACACACAUUCUUGAAAAACUGGGGUUCCUUUAUUUUGUCAUCUCCAAGACCAUUGCCCAGCUCCCCAUAAGUGUCAAACAAAACAAA